GACAGUUUUUUCUCUUUAUUUUGAAUUCCAAAGCAGCCCAAAGUCCAAUUGUAGUUUUUCUCGGAGAAGUUUAGGCUUUAUCAGCUGGAAAAACUUGUUAUGGUCUAUCAGAGAUUAUUUCGUCAAUGCUCGAAGAAUAGAAUUGCAAUGUCACUGUCGAAGCCGUCCCAGAUUAUCCUUGACAUUGUUGGUGCCUAUUUCAACAGUUUGUAUAUGAAUCCCAUCCGGACUAAGGCAAUUACCAGUUGUGUGUUGGCUGUAGCUGGAAAUUACAUCUCCCAGAAGAUCUCAGGAACGAAGGAAAUCAAUCAUGACAGUCUUCUGGCUUUUGGGCUCUUUGGGCUGCUGUUUGGAGGACCAGUACCACAUUAUUUUUACAAAUAUAUUCAUUUAUUCACAAAACUUCCUCUGGGAAUUCUAUUAACUGAACGUCUAGUUUAUACUCCACUUUUUCAAGCAUUCGCUCUAUACAUGCUGACUAGGCUCGAGGGGAAGUCACACGAUGAGUCACGAAAAAACAUGGAGAAACUUUACCUGCCAAUUUUACUCGCAAAUUACAAAUACCUCACUCUCCUGCAAUUCAUCAACAUUCGUUACGUUCCUCCAAUGCUGAGAGUUCUUGUGGUGAAUUUUAUUGGAUUUGCGUGGACAAUUUAUCUGGCGAACGCCCGAUCCAGAGCAUCCAAAAAACGAAAAGAUUAGUUCCUAUUUUUGUUGAUUUAUGAUAUGCAUUCCAGAUUUAUCAAUUUUUCAAUUGUUGAAAUCAGUACGGGGUAAUAAAUUUCCAAUGGUUUUUUUUUCUUUAUUAUCGUUAAGCUUGGAUUCAUUAAUCACACAACAACAAUACAGAUUAUCUUACAGUUAAAUAAGAGAUCAUUUAACAUUUCAAUUAUUCAAUACUUUAUCGAAUUAAUAUCGUCAAUUACGUGCAAUUAAAUAAAUAAUUAUCUAAGAA